AUUGAACCUUUGGGGGAGGGAUCCUCUGCACAACUACGGCAGGAUAACGGCUGUACUUUUCGAGUAGUGCGGGUCGAGUCGAGCAGACGGAGGAGAGAGUCUAAACGAGGAGACUCAAAAAUAGCUUCCAAAGCUGAUUAGUUAUGACGGGAGGAAACAGAGGGGCUCCGCGGGAAUCUACGUAAAAUAAAGAGGAUGAGGAUUCCUCCGGUGUGGGCGCUCGGCGCUUGCCAGACUGGGUGAAGGCAAAACCAGGAGCUAAAGAAAAAAAUACCACCUGGGGCUGCAGAGUAGGACCUCCGUGCAGGUUCCCCCUGUUCCCAAGGUCACGCGGCCGUUGGCAGGGUGGAGCUUCUGACCCAUGGAGAAUUACUUCCAAGCCGAGGCCUUCAACCUGGACAAGGUGCUGGACGAGUUCGAGCAGAACGAAGAUGAGACGGACACGUCAAUUCUUUCUGAUGCCAAGUGGACGCAGAUCCUGGCCCCGCCUGCCCACAUGCUUUCCCUGAACCCCGCUCUGGCCCAUGCGGACAUCAGCCCCCGGGAGAGUCCUCUUCCCUUCAAGACCCUCCCUGACUCCUCAGGAACUGACCCUAAAAGACAGUCUGGGCCCGAACCUCCAUCCUUGGGAGGAGAACGGCCGGCGGACGUCCACAGCCCACCUCUCCCUCAGCCCAACAUCGGCAAGCUGGUGGGCGCCGAUGACCUCUCGCCUCUACCCGUUACGCCACGCAGUGUAGUGGAAAACGGCUGCCCCAGUAGCCCACAGCUGGAUGGGAUCGGCAAAGACAUCAGCUCCUCUGCUGAGGUCCAGCUUGGUAAUGAGGAGGGACCCGGAGAGAGGCCUUCCUCGGUUGGAGGAGGAGGCUCUCAUUUUACAUUUGAGACGGGAUUAGCACAGGAACAGACUCUUUCUGAGAGGGAUCAUCCAGAUGUGUCUCCUGCAGCUCAAAAUGGAGAGGAGUUAAAAGAUGAGAACAAUACAGUGGUUUUUCAGGACUUUGAGCAGGAAAGAAAUGGUUUAAAUUCAGAGGAGCAUGGAGAAAGUGUGAAUGGAAGUCAAAUUGUCCAGGCAGAGGUGGAGGAGAACAGUUUGUCUCCUCAUGGCAGGGAGAGAGCAGAAGAGGAAGAAAGAAAAUGUAGUCGAAAUGGACAAGUGGACCAGCAACAUAGAAAAAGAAGCCUUCCUAAUGGUCUGGAGAUGGAGAAUGGAAGCAGUUUGAAGAUUAAGGAAACGGAGAUUAAUGAGGACCUUUCUCCCUCUCCUGUCCCCUCUAAAGAGGACUCUGUAACUGAGGAGAAGGAAAUGGAAGAGAGCAAGCAGGAGAUGAGUGAUGGAGGAGCCGUGGGGUCAGGUAGCAUCCAACCAAAACUCGACAACAGCCGGCUUCAGCCUGUGAGCGUUCCCUAUGGAGGGGCACGCCCGAAGCAGCCAGUCAGCCUCAAACUCCAGAUCCCCCAGCCACUGUCAGGCCAGGUCCAGAUCCAGCUCAGCACCUCUGCAGGCGCCAAGAACAAGAACAUGGAGAACCACUGUCGAAGAGGCACGCCGACUGAACCGUCGCCCAGCGGGAAGGGCCAGAGUUUAGUCAGUGUGAACGGAAACGGAGGAACCCACUCUCUGUCGCCGAUGGCCUCGGAGAGCCCUGACAACGACCUACAGGCUGGGCAACAAGGGGUGCUCUGCAGGAAGGCUGCCAGCUCGCUGGGAGAGGUCGCUCCUGUGUGGGUGCCCGACUCCCAGGCCCCACUCUGCAUGAAAUGUGACGUCAAGUUCACCUUCACCAAGAGGAGGCACCACUGCAGGGCCUGCGGCAAGGUGUUCUGUGCAGCGUGUUGCAGUUUGAAGUGUAAGCUGGUCUACAUGGACAGGAAGGAGGCCCGAGUUUGUGUCACCUGUCACUCUGCCCUGACGAGCGUUCAAUCAACGGAGACACCAGCUUCUGCAGUCAAUCAGAGUCCAAACCCGAAUAACCCAGCGGAGUACUGCUCCACCAUCCCCCCCCUACAGCAGGCUCAGGCAUCCGGGGUCCUCAGCUCGCCUCCCCCCACAGUCAUGGUGCCUGUGGGGGUCCUGAAGCAGCCUGGCAAUGAGAGCUCCCUGACGCGGGACCAGAGGAGGGUGUGGUUCGCUGAUGGGGUUCUUCCAAACGGAGACAUUGCAGAGUCCUCCAAACCGUCCUCCUCUGGUUCAGUGUCCGCUCAGUCACGGGCUGUUUCCACAUGCUCAAAUAAAUCCUCCACAUCCGAGUCCUCAGAGGCAACCCAUUCCCCUGUCGCGCCGGCAGGCAGCCCCGUGGGCAGCUCCCUCAGUCUGAUCCCGGAGGACGGGCUCCCUCCCAUCCUCAUCUCCACCGGAGUCAAAGGAGGUACGGGAGGCCACAUCACAGAUUACGCAGUGGAGGAGAGACCCUCGGAGGUCGUCCUCAUGCAGCAGUUGGAGGAGGGAGGCCCAGACCCCCUGGUCUUUGUGCUCAAUGCUAACUUGCUUGCCAUGGUCAAGCUCGUCAACUAUGUUAACAGGAAAUGCUGGUAUGUGACGACUAAAGGCAUGCACGCCGUGGGCCAAGCUGAGGUCGUCAUUCUGCUCCAGUGUCUACCCGACGAGAAGACCAUCCCCAGAGACAUCUUCACCCACUUUGUGCACCUUUACCAAGAGGCACUAGGUGGCAACGUCCUGAGCCACCUGAGUCACUCGUUCUUCACACAGAGCUUCCUGGGCAGCAAGGAGCACGGCGGCUUCCUCUACAUCAGCCCCUCCUUCCAGUCGCUGCAGGACCUGCUGCUGCCCAACCCGCCUUACCUCUUCGGCAUCCUCAUCCAGAAGUGGGAGACGCCGUGGGCCAAGGUCUUCCCGAUCCGCCUCAUGCUGCGGCUGGGAGCAGAGUACCGUUUUUAUCCGUGUCCACUGUUCAGCGUUCGCUACAGAAAACCGCUCUUUGGAGAGACUGGGCACACAAUCAUGAAUCUGCUUGCAGACUUCCGUAACUACCAGUACACUCUGCCGGCGGUGAAAGGUCUGGUUGUGGACAUGGAGGUGAGGAAGACGAGCAUCAAGAUCCCAAGCAACCGCUACAAUGAGCUGAUGAAGGCCAUGAAUAAGUCCAAUGAACACGUGCUGGCCAUGGGGUCGUGUUUCAACGACCGGGCCGACUCCCAUUUGGUUUGCGUGCAGAACGAUGACGGGAACUACCAGACGCAGGCCAUCAGCAUCCAUCACCAGCCACGGAAAGUUACUGGAGCCUGCUUCUUUGUUUUCAGUGGUGCUUUAAAAGCCUCGUCAGGCUUCUUGGCCAAAACCAGCAUUGUAGAAGAUGGUGUGAUGAUCCAGAUCACCGCUGAAACUAUGGACUCCCUACGGCAAGCCCUGAAGGACAUGAAAGACUUCACCAUAACCUGUGGCAAGGCUGACCAGGAGGAGAACCUGGAGGUUGUCCACAUCUUGUGGACAGAAGACGACCACAACUUCAACAAAGGCGUCAUCAGCCCAAUCGAUGGAAAAUCUAUGGAGUCUAUCACCAGCGUGAAGAUCUUCCACGGCUCAGAGUUCAAAGCUAACGGCAAAGUCAUCCGCUGGACUGAGGUGUUUUUCCUUCAGAGCGAAGACCAACCCAACGGGCUGAGUGAUCCGGCUGACCACAGCCGGCUGGCAGAGAACGUGGCGCGAGCUUUCUGCAUGGCUCUGUGUCCACACCUGAAGCUGCUGAAGGAGGAUGGCAUGGCUAAACUAGGACUGAGGGUCACGCUGGACUCUGACCAGGUGGGUUACCUGGCAGGAAGUAACGGCCAGCCUCUCCUGCCGCAGUACCUGAGCGAUCUGGACAGCGCUCUGAUCCCCGUCAUCCACAGUGGGGCUUGUCAGCUGAGCGAGGGCCCCGUGGUCAUGGAGCUGGUCUUCUACAUCCUGGAGAUCAUCUCUUAGGAGGCCCCGAGGAGUCCCACCUACUUGCAGACUUUUCUUCUUCUUCUUUUUUUUAUUAACACCACCUCACAGCCUGGUCCUCCUUUAUCUCCCUCCAACCAUUCCCGCCUGAAAAAGACCCACAAAACUGUGCCAGGCCGGGUGGGGUAGCAUUCCUCCAGUCGAACCUAUGCAUCCACCCGCCGUCUGUCACGAUUCAGAGGUGUUUCGGUAUCUGAGGAAGCUCUGGGCGGAGUCUGUCCUGGUAGCCACACUUUUUGCCCAUUGAAGGUUUAAAAUUACAAAGAUUAAUGGUCCCAAAUCUUAGAGGCAGAUUUAAUAAUUUAAUAAACUGAUAUGUCAGCUUUUUUAAAUAAGCAAAGAUGAACUGAUGUGCAGAUAUGGCGCUUUGUGAGAAAUACAGUCUGGAGGCGAGCAGUCCAACCCAUUAGUGUCAUAUUUACACCAUCAGGUCAGGUUAAACACACAGAACUUCAGUGGAGUGAAGCUCCUCUCAGCUUAAAUCACAGAAACAAGCCGAUCAUUUAAAUAAUAAAACCACCGCCUGGAUCGAUCAGAGCAGCUGAAUGAACCCAGAACCUGCUGGUUAAGUCAGUCCAGUCAGGAUAUGUUCCUUAUGAACUCUACUAAUCCAAAUAAAAAUCUUUUUAUUUUUUAUUUGAGGUCAGAUGUCAAUUUUAUUAUCAUUUCUAAAUGGAACAUUAUUUCUCCAGUGAAAUCAAUUUAUUUUGUAAUAAUGCACAUAAAAAUACACUAAACCAACAGCCACCGUUUCACAAAACAACCACAAACGCCUUUAUUGAGAUUUUAUGUGAUGGACCGACGCCAAGCAGUGUGUCAUUUAGGAAAACGAUUCAUGAUUUUCAAAACAUCUUACAGAUAAAAUCUGCUGUCCAUUUGUAUUCAGGCCCCUGAGUUAAUACUUUAUAGCUCCACCUUUCACAGCAAUUACAGCUGCGAAGCUUUUUGAAUGUUUGUCAACAUUGGACGUCUAGAGCUUUAAGUGUUACUACAGAUUCAUGGUUGGACUUAUAUCUUGACUUUGACUGGGCCAUUCUAUUGUAGCUCUGGCUGCAUGAUGAAGGUUGUUGUCCUGCUGGCAGCGAACCUCCACCCCAUUUGUCCUUUGCUGGCCCUGACUGGUUUUCUUCCAGGAUCACCCAGUAUUUAGCUCCAUAUCUUAUCAGCGCUGACCAGCGUAUCUGUCCCUGCUGAAGAAAAGCAUUCACGCAGCAUGAUGCUGCCUCCAACCAUGUUUUAACAUAGGGGUGGUGAUUUUAGGGUGAAGUGCCGUGUUGGUUUUCCACCAGAUAUUGUUUUGCAUCUAGAGCUAAAGCUUCAAUCUUACCUGAUCCCCCUCUUCCACGUUAGCUUUGUUCCUACACAGCUUGUGACAAACUGCAAAAAGGACCUCUUGUUGCCUCCUUCUUUCCCCUCUUCCAUAAAGGCCAGAUUUGCAGAUGAGUAAAAGUUGUCCUGUUGAUUCUCCUACCUGAGCUGUAGACGUCUGCGGCUCCUCCAAACUUACCACGGCCCUGUUGGCUGCUGCUUUAAUUAUUGCUCUUCUUGACAUAUUUUCCAGUUUUCAGUGACAUGGGUUUGUGAAACAUGACCCUGCUUGAAAGGUCAACCUUCUUCCUGACAUGUCUGCUGUGGUCCUUGGUCUUCAUGAUGCUGUUUGUUCACCAAUGUUCUCCAACAAACCUCUGAGGGCUUAAUAUCUAUUUAUUAUUUAAGUGACGUCUAAACGCAGUUGGGUGCACAGAAUUUUGUUUAGGGGUAUCAUAGAAAUCGGGUCUGAUUUGAGAUUUGAGAAUUUUAAAAUAAAAAAUCGAUGCAUCAUUUUUUUCCCACUUCACAUCUACGCUGGACUUUUAGUCUUUCAUAUAAAAUGCCACUAAAAUACGUUGGAAGUUUGUGGUUGUAACAAAACAAAAUGUGAAAAUGUUUCAAAGCACUGUGGUUGGUUUCCUACUGAUUUGUCAAAACUUUGGUCUUGCCCCUAAUUGUUUGGUCAAAGAACAACGAUGGAAAACUUUGGAGGCCCAAGAAAUGCCAAAUUAGAAAGUAAAUCUUGUGAGAUCUGUGAUUACACCUUUGUACGUAACAUCUUCCAACAUCAACGCAGAGUUUGAGGCUUUAAGUGUGGGUGUUCGGACAGACCUGAUAGCUCCUGAGCUUCUUAUCGGACCAAUGUCACUGUGUCAGCCAGAGGCCCUGAAUCGAUGCACUCUGGGUAAAACCUGCCUCUGUGUAGCACGGAUUCUGUUGCAUAUCCAUCGCUCGGAUGGAAAAGGAGUCACUGGAGGUGGAGGAAGGUGGAAUUGUGAGGUGAAAUUUGAGUUUUUAUGCACCGUGGUGCUCAGUGCCUGCAGCAAAGAAUCAUCAAGGAGAGAAGAAAUCAUGACGGCUUCACUUCUUGAGCUUUACUCGUCAAUCGCCAAAUACGUUCGCCCACCAACAAUUGAAUAGACUUGUAUAUAUUUUUUUAAAUAAGAGCGACUGGUUUCUCCCGUCGUAAGGCCACCAUCGGUGGCCUCCAGAGAUCCCAGUAUUGGUGACAUCCUGGGAGAUAAGAUUAUAUGUUACUGACAUUUUAAAAAAGGUCCAGCUGUACAUAAAGAGGCAAAUCAAAUGUUUCUUCAGCAGCUUCUCAUCAUUCAGUCCUUUUAAUCAUUCAAACAAUAACUGUUAAAAAUGUAAAGAUAUAUAAAUAUAUACAGUAUAUAUAUAUAAGAGAUAUAAAAACUAAUUGCAGAAGCAGUGCACUGGAGUCUAAGCCAUUUACAGGAGUUAAGUUGAGCGACAGGGUGCCGCCGUGUCCCAGAAGGUCAUUUCAUUUGCCGCCUUCCUGCAGAAACCCGAAAUUUACUGACUGACCCGAGGCUGAAUGUAUCUAAUCUCCCAUUUUCUGCAUCCUUCCAAAGCCCUGAAAACAAAGACUCUGCAGCUCUCUGGAGACACUUUUUCAGGGGCAUCAACUGUUGUAGUGCAGCUAUGAAGAGAUCAGAUCCAUCUGCUCCUGAACACGCGUCCUCCUCCAGCAACUCGGACCUACGGAUAAAAUCUAUGAAUGUAUUCUACUUGUUUUUGUUCCCGUCAGAUUAACCACCAAAAAUAAAACAAACCCUGUACAGUAAUCAUUGUGUGAAGUUUCCAUCUAAUCUUGAUUAAAAGGGACAGUUUGAGAGGUUUUCUCAAGGCAUUUGUUAGACAAUCUGUUGAGAAUCUGCAGAAGAGCCAACAUUUCAAAUUAAAAGCCGUUAGUUUCUUUCAGGUAUUUUAGGAGCUCCUCUAAUAAAAGGCAAAACCACUUCCUGGUUGGGCUACUGUGAUCGUCCCAGAUGGUGUGCCUUCACUCUGUGGCGUUCAUCGGUCUCAUGCUUCUCCAAACAAACAGAUUGUUUUUCUGCGUCCUCGUUUACUGUUACAUUUUAUUUUGGAGUUAUCAGAUAUGUGCAAUAUGUCCUAAAUCUCCCAAAAAAGGUGCAAUUUGACUGGAAAAGUAGCAUUUUGUUUCUGUUAUUCAAUUGUAAAAAAUAAAAAAUUUGUCCAAAACUCUGAAAACACUGCAUGCAAACAGAGACAAAAAUCAUCUUUUGCAUUCUGACAACAAAUAAAUCCUGAAAAAUGCA